GUGUGUUAUCCUCAGUGCGAACAACAGCUUCGUCCCCUCAUCAGAGUCUCCUCCCGCUCUGUCUCUCAGCUGCUUCAACUUCGACCAUCAAUGGCUUCUUCAUCUUCGGAGGCGUCGCCAACUGAGACUCCGAAGCGCGAAGAAGCAUUACGGGCUCCCUGGAGCUGCUUCCUUCUGCCCUCUGCGGCGAACUGUCAAACACCCCCAAUGCACUCGAUUCUCAGGCCGCUUUCUCGGCCCAACUUGGGGCUGCUGCAGGAGCUCCUCCAUAAGAGCCUAGACGGCUGCUUCAGGGCGCUCCAGGGCUUCGUCGCCGAAAACCCUUUUACUGGGAGAGCCCUCUCUCUGCAGUCCGAGUUUGAGAAUGUCUGCCGACAGAUUCGGUGUAGGAACUUCCAGAAUGUGAACCCUCUGAUGAAUCACAACUUUGCGGCUGUUUUGCCGGGGGACUCGGUAGCAGGGCUCGUGGUGGCUAAUGGUGUCAUGAACUUCUUGAACAUCUACAACACUCUGCUGGUGGUUAGGCUCGUCUUGACCUGGUUCCCCAAUGCUCCUCCUGCCAUUGUUAGUCCUCUCAGCACGAUCUGUGACCCAUACUUGAACAUAUUCCGUGGAAUUAUCCCGCCCCUCGGAGGGACACUGGACUUCUCACCCAUACUUGCGUUUAUAGUCCUGAAUGCCUUCACUAGCACAGCUGCUGCCCUUCCUGCUGAACUUCCUGGGAAUGCAAGUUCCCAUCAAAAGCCCUCAUCCCACCCGACAAGGUUUACUAAUCUCACCACGUCACAGGAGAAAUGGUUGACAAGAACAAGCGGCAGCAAAUCGAACAGCUCGAGCAACUCCAUAUAGGCACAGUUUUCUCGGUUCAUAUUCUUUCUAUAUAUCAAGUUAGGUGCAUGAGAUGUAAUUACAUGUUCUGCUGGUCACUCGCGUUUAUAUGGAUUGAGAGGAUGAUGAUGUAAUGUUAUACAUUUUAUUCAAAAUUUUGCUUCUGUUUCC